AUGGUUUCAAUCCUCCCAGAUGGAAUGUCCAACAUGGAGGCAACUGUUUCGUUUUUAAUCAUAGACACAAUAGCUCUCAUUUUACGCGUCAUUUCCAGGAUACAAACAAAGGGUACGACGACAACCGGGCGAUUCAUCCGCUACGAUGACUGGUGGAUUCUCGCAGCCUAUCUGAUGUUUGCUUCGCAUUGUAUUGUGAUCAUUUGCGACAUCACAAAGAUAUCAGGCACCCUCGAGCCAUAUCUAGUCAUGGAUCCAGAUCAUCGAUUGAAAAUGCUCGAGUUGUUAUGGAUUGGUAGCAUCCACUUUCCCUUCAUCAUCACGGCCGUUAAAAUCUCAAUUUUAUGCAUGUACCGCUCUCUAUUCAAAACGACACCAAACCUCAUUCGAUGCGUGGAUAUAACAAUGGGUUUAAGCACAAUAUGGUUCAUAAUCACUGUAUGCUUGACGGUGUUCGGGUGCACACCUAUCAAAGCAGCAUAUAAUCUAGCCCUUAGGCUUGAACCCACCACACAUUGCAUUCCAUACGGAGAGAUAGUUCUUGGCUUUGAGCUACCCAAUGCAAUCUUGGAUGUGGUUAUUCUAGCCUUGCCUUUUUUCGUCAUCAGAGACCUACAUGUCCCUGUACGGAAGAAGAUGCUCUUGUUCUUGGUUUUUUGGUUCGGUGGGUUCGUUAUUGUGACAUGCAUACUACGCAUAGCAUACUCAUAUCAGCCUCAUGAUCCAGAGCAUUUUUCUGGAUUCUCGACUGCGAACGAGUGGUUGAUGAUUGAGGAAGGAAGCGCUAUUUUAGGAGCCUGCGUUCCGACAUUUCGACCCAUACUCAAAACUUAUUUUAAACUUCCAAAAUCUGUUAGCGACUGGUUCUCUUCGACGCUGGGUGCCUCAACAUUAACGAGCAAAUUCUCCAAAAAUCAUUCGCGAAUCAAAACUCAACCAAGUCAAUUGAACGAUCGAUCUGUGCCCUCAUAUCAGUUGAAAAAGCUAUCAACAGCCCAUCUUCAGCGUGGGAGAGAAUGGCAGAAUCAGGACCUCGACACAGAUUCGGAUGAAAGCCCACUGGUUGACAAUAGGAUUUGGGUCACAAGGCAUAUUACAACUACCAAAUAG